AAGUGCCACAGGCACUGAGGAUCUCACCAGGAGGGGACAAACAGAGAUAGGGGCCAGCAAGAUGGCGGACGAGGCCUUGGCUGGUCUGGAUGAAGGAGCCCUUCGGAAGCUGUUGGAGGUCACAGUGGAUCUGGCAGAGCGGCGGCGCAUCCGCUCGGCCAUCCGGGAGUUGCAGCGGCAGGAGCUAGAGCGAGAGGAAGAGGCCCUGGCAUCCAAACGUUUCCGUGCUGAGCGGCAGGACAACAAGGAGAACUGGCUGCACUCUCAGCAUCGGGAGGCCGAGCAGCGGGCUGCUCUGGUGCAGCUGGCGGGGCAGCUGGAGUCCAUGAGUGAUGUGGAGGAACUGACUGCGCUGCUGCGAGGUGCCGGUGAGUACGAGGAACGCAAGCUGAUCCGGGCUGCCAUCCGCCGAGUACGGGCCCAGGAGAUUGAGGCUGCCACCUUGGCUGGGAGGUUGUGCAGUGGGCGUCCCAACAAUGGCUCAAGAGAGGACAGCAAGGGGCGGGCAGCGCACAGGCUAGAACGGUGUAAGGUGCCAGAACCAGAGAAACAGGAGCAAGAGGCAGAGGUCCCGGAGGCAACCCCAACCCCCGAAGUCACCAGUUGUGAUGUGACCACAGUGACACUCCUGCUGCAAGUCCCACCUGGGAGCACAUCCAGCUCACCUGCCUCACCCGACAAUUCUCCCACCUCUGCCUCUCCUGAGCCUCCACCAGAGCCUGCCAAGGCCCAGUGCCCUGCUGCCGAGGCUCUGAGCAGCCCCAAGCCACUCGCCAGCCCGCCCAGGGCUGCCAGCCCGGAGCCCCAGGACACUCCCGCCCCCCACAGCACUGAGAGACAGGAGGUCAACGAGCUCCUGCCUGGCCCCACAGAGCCCCCUACUGUCCAAGGCCCCGCCAAAGGCCCCUCCAACACAAAGAGAGCAGACCUAGCUGGACCCCAUCCCUGCCAACGCUCCCUGUCCGUGCUCAGCCCCCGCCAGCCAGCCCAGAACCGAGAGCCCGCCCCUCGUGUCAGUGGACCGUCCCCAUUCCAGCGGGCUGGCUCCGUCCGGGACCGCGUGCGCAAGUUCACAUCUGAUUCCCCUAUGGCUGCUGGGCUCCAGGAUGGCCCACCUCGGGCGGCUCUAGGUCCCUCAAACCCUGUGAAGCUCCUGGGCCCCUCCCACAUCAGUACCACCCCUGCCUCCUCCUCCAGCGGCUCCUCCUCACAGGGCCCUAGUGACACCUCCUCCGGGUUCAGCAAGGAGCAGCAAGGAGCAGCUCGGCAGCUUCAGAGCUGCCCCCAGGAGGAGGGCCCCAGGGGGCGGGGCUUGGCUGCCAGGCCCCUUGAAAACAGAGCAGGGGGGGCCGUGGUCUGCUCAGAGGAGCCCAGUGCCCUGCUGCCCGUGGCUGUCGGCACUGCUGAGCCAGGGGCCAAUAUGAAGACGACAUUCACCAUCGAGAUCAAGGAUAGCCGGGGCCAGACCCCCACAGGCCGGGUGCUGCUGCCCACAGGCAACCAGAGGGCAGAACUCACACUGGGGUUGCGGGCACCCCCCACCCUUCUCAGCACCAGCAGUGGGGGCAAAAGUACCAUCAGCCAUAUCAGCGGCCCUGGGAUGCCAGCCCGGGUGGGCAGUGUCACCCAUAUCACCAGCUUCAGCCAUGCCUCCCCUGGUGGCCGAGGAGGCUGCAGCAUUAAGGCCGCUGAGGAUGCUGGGACCCCCGUGGCCCACCCGCCUGCCUUCAGCACCCGCCGCCGCUCCUCUGCCGGCCCUGCCCACAGCAGCAGUCUUAUGGAACCAGAGCCAGCAGAACCCCCCUCUGCUGCAGUGGAAGUGGCCAACGGUGCUGAGCAGACUCGGGUGGACAAAGCACCAGAGAGGCGGAGCCCACUGAGCACUGAGGAGCUAAUGGCCAUCGAGGAUGAGGGCAUUCUGGACAAGAUGCUGGAUCAGACUACGGACUUCCAGGAGCGGAAGCUUAUUCGGGCUGCACUACGUGAGCUCCGACAAAGGAAGAGAGACCAGCGGGACAAGGAACGGGAACGAAGGCUACAAGAGGCACGAGCCCGGCCAGGGGAGGGCCGUGGCAACAUGGCCACUGAGACCACCACGAGGCACACCCAGCGGGCAGCCGAUGGCUCAGCUGUCAGCACUGUCACCAAGACUGAGCGGCUCGUCCACUCCAAUGAUGGCACACGGACGGCCCGUACCACCACAGUGGAAUCGAGUUUUGUGAGGCGCUCGGAGAAUGGUGGUGGCAGCACCGUGGUGCAAACCAAGACCUUCUCCUCCUCAUCAUCCAAGAAGAUGGGCAGUAUCUUCGACCGCGAGGAUGAGACCAGCUCGCGAGCUGGCAGCGUGGCAGCACUGGAGAAACGCCAGGCAGAGAAAAAGAAAGAGCUGAUGAAGGCACAGAGCCUCCCCAAGACCUCAGCUUCCCAGGCACGCAAGGCCAUGAUCGAGAAGCUGGAGAAGGAGGGCGCAGCGGGCAGCCCUGGCGGACCCCGUGCACCUGUGCAGCGCUCCACCAGCUUUGGGGUCCCCAACGCCAACAGCAUCAAGCAGAUGUUGCUAGACUGGUGCCGGGCUAAGACGCGUGGCUACGAGCACGUGGACAUCCAGAACUUCUCCUCGAGUUGGAGUGACGGGAUGGCCUUCUGUGCCCUGGUGCACAACUUCUUCCCUGAGGCCUUUGACUACGGGCAGCUCAGCCCGCAGAACCGGCGCCAGAACUUUGAGGUGGCCUUCUCAUCCGCUGAGACCCAUGCGGACUGCCCGCAGCUCCUGGACACAGAGGACAUGGUGCGGCUUCGAGAGCCUGACUGGAAGUGCGUGUACACGUACAUCCAGGAGUUCUACCGCUGUCUGGUCCAGAAGGGGCUGGUAAAAACCAAAAAGUCCUAACCCCUGCUCGGGGCCCCACGGUGAGAAACGCCUCCUCGCCCGCCUGCCCGACACGCUCAGCGGGGCACAGAGAGAGGCCUGGGAGGUGGGUGGUGAAAGCAGGGGGACCCUGACAAGAGCCAGAAGGAGCCAGACGUGCCCUUGCCUGUCUUCUGGCAACGCCACUCCCCUAAAUGAGCCAGGCGAACAGAACUGAGAUGGAGGGAGCCCAGGAGGGGCCCCAGGGGAGGUGCCUGACCCAGACUGCAUGUCCAGGACAGCUAUCUGAAAAAAGUGCAAACUAGGCUGGGGUCUGAAGGACAAAAUUCAGGCUGAAGGAGGGCAAGGGAGUCCCAGAGAGAGGGAUGCGCCUUUGUCCAAGGCUGGGCACAAGAGAUGCAGAGCAUUUCACCCCUCGGGAGGGAAGGAAGUUUAGUUUGGGGGUAAGAUGGAGGUGGGGGCCAUGGUCAGAUGUUUGAACUUCCUCUUGAGGAGAAGAGUCAUAAAACGUUUCCAAAAAAAGAAGGGAUGUAUGUGGCCUUGUUAGCAUUCUAGAACAAUCCGUGGAUGAGGGAUGUGGAGCAAGGGGGUAGACUAGAUAGCUGGAGAAGCUUAAUAAGAAGUAGAAGGACAGGCUUUCUGAUGCAUCCAGAUGGGCAGGCAGAAGGAGGGUCAAGGGAGCCUCCCAGGCCUGAAGUUUGGGCACUGGGGAGUUGGUGGAGCCAUGCUCCAUACUGGGGAGCUCAGGAGCAGGGCCAGUUUAGCAGGGAGGUAUUUUUGGUUGGGAUCCUGGAUCCCCCAAGUCAGCUGUGGCAUUUCCUCUCUAGUCACCUCAGGGCCACAGUAGAGAAUUCAGACCCUGAGCUAAAUGUCCAUUCCAGACAAGCUCAGAGAAGGAGAGGGAUGGGCUCAGAGUGUCCCAGGGGGUUCAGGUCAGAGCUGGGCCAGAAACUAGAACCUCUGACCGCCCCCGCCCCCCACGGUGCCUCUUUACCUUGCUCCAUCACUUUUCCUACCCCUUUUGUAAAGAGAAGAAAAGACAGAGACCCAGAGGAAGCAAAGGCAUGGACCAAAGUAAUGUGAGUCAGGGACAGAGCUAGAGGUGCACUCAGAUGCCCCUCGGGGCCUGGAGCCAUUGUUGGGGGCAGCCCACAUAUACACACAUAUACUCAGAGAAGCUGUGCAGGUGAGGGAGGAUGGGCUUGGUGCUGUCUCCAGGUCAUAUAUGGACUUAGGAGCUGCUGCCCAGAAGGCUGGCCUGGAGGGAAGGAUGCCCAACCCGGCCCUGAUCCAGUUGGAAAGUGUGACUCAGCCGUGCUGUUGCUCAAAUUGCCUGGUGUUUGGCCUGUCACUGGGGCAGCUGGAGCCCUGAGUCGUGAGCCCCAGUGUAAACAAUGGCUUUAUAAGGUCUCCAGGGAAGACACCAG